AGCAGUAUCCAGAUACUUGCCGUGGCUGAAUAAUGCUCCUUCUUCGCUUCAACAGGGACCGAAGGAGUUUACUGAUUGUGUUGGGCAUAUGCGACUGCUAUCAUGGCUUUUGAUGGGAUCAUUAACACACACUGCCUUGAUGGGUAAACGAGGUGGUCACAUCGGACAACAUGGCGCAGCUGUACAUUACCACCUACAGCACCCCGUUAAUACAGUUGCACAACCUGUGCCGCAAGAGUCGAGCUGUCAUAUAGCAGAUCAUAUUCAAGUCAUUUUUGCUGGUUUCGCUGAGCAAUCCAAAACUUCCGUUCUGCAUAUGUCAUCUCUAUUCCACGCGUUUACUCUUUGCCAACUAUGGACAGUUUACUUGGAGCAGAUAGCGUGUGCAGCAGCACCGUCCUCAGAAUCCCAUAACAUUACCAUGGGUAUUCUAUUCGAAUUCUGGGCCAAGGUUACUCCUUGCAUUUUGCAGUUGGUGUCCCAUUCAAAGUUCCAGUUUUCCGAAAGCGUCAGUCUGCAUUUCCUCAGCUUGCUAGAAGCAUUGAAGGAAACCCGCUCAACCGUAUUGGCAAAGCUGCUGCCACUGUGGACACCUGUGCUGUCGUCAAACACACCUCUAUCUGGCACCCAGCAUGUUCGUUUGCAGAAUUGCCGCGAUGCAGUUCCGAAUGCAACAGAUCAAGAUCUGCAUACUUCGGAAGCGCUGCUAAAAUGGCUUCAACGAUUGCAGUUUAAAAUGGGCCAAAUCGAGUUGCAGUCAUCAACAGCUACACAAUUCUAUUCAAUAUAGACAUGUUAUACUAUGAAUAUAGGAAAAUAUGGUUAUGCAUCAAUGUAAACAUGAAUCUUUGUCUUAUAAACUGUUGUCUAUUGAAAAAUAACUCUUCGAUCAAAGUAUACAAAACUGCUAAGUACUCGUAUGUUUUUCUUUUUAUAUACGUGUAUCACACCCCUACAGAAUCAUUUUUAUUUUACGGUAUUUGGUGGGAAAGUGAGAGCGCACGUCAGUCCAAAGACGAGAAAGGAGGGAUUAUUAUUGAAUAUAUUUUUUGUUAAUCACAAUGUGAUCAUCACACACACACCAUUAUAUAGGAAAAGUACUUUUUGGGUUACAAAGUGGUGAGUCGGCAACUUGGAAAAAGCGUCCAACAGGCCCUAAAAAAAUAAUUAUUAAGCUGUUAUUCAGCUAUCAUUAUUGUUAGUUGGCUUGUGCAUUAGGGUCAUGUUUGACCCAAACCGUACACUACGUCAGCGAACUGUUCCCAACAUGAUACAUGCCGGAAAAUAGUUUAUUCCCUAUUAAGCCUUUAAUCGAAUGGUCCGCGUGGUCUGGUAGUACCCCUAAUGGGAAUCAGUCAUUGCCAUACUUACCAAAUGCUAGACAUAACCCCAAGGAUAACAUUUGCAUAUGUAGGGUAAGAAAUCAAACUUUGAACUAGUCAAAUUGUAAUCUUAAUUUGAACCAUUUCGAAAUUCAUUAAAACGACGUACUUUUUAGGCAAAUAUUGUUCCGAAAAAGAUGUUAAACAGCUUUCCGUAAUAUAACCUGAUAACAUGGACUUUAAAAGCAUUGAAAAAAGCGUUUUUGUCAUGGAAAACAGGCAAUUGAAAAAUCACUGUGAUUUCACCCAUUUCCCCCCAGAGAAAGUACAUUUUCGGUGCACUCAUACAGCUCAUGCAUUGUAUCACACGCAAUACGGAACACGUCAAAUGAAAGCUUAUUUAUCGUAGAAUCGACCAACCGAAUAUUGUGGAGCGGACCUGGUGUGAUGGUUAGAACACUUGACUAUCACGCCGUGGACCUGGGACCGAAUCCCACUCCCGACAAACUCGCAAAAUGUGAGUUCUUCCUUCGGAAGGAAAGUAAAGCGUGGGUCCCGAGAUGAACUAGCCUAGGGCUAAAAAUCUCGUUAAUACAGAUAAAAAAAAACAACCGAAUAAUAUUCCGAACCAUUGAACCAUUUCGACAAUGAUUUUUCAUAAGGGCCUAACUGACUUGAUCGAUUUCUCUUCAUCGACUCUCUCUUUCGCUAAUAACUUGAUCAAAACAAACAAAAUCAUUAUUCUUUUUGUUUCUAUAGCAAGAUGUAGUCGUCUUCUUCGCAUUUCAACCAAAAAAACUUUGGAAAACUCAAUACACAUUCCGCAAUAACGCAAAGAGAGGAUCGAUGAAAAGAAAUCGAAAAUGUCAGUUAGGCCCUAAUGAAAAAUCAGUGUCGAUUUGUAAUCUAAAUUUGAACUAAUAAACGGAGGUGAGCUUCUAGUGUUGGCCUGUAGAUUGCGCUAGUGGUUGCUUUGUUUACUCUUGGAGGAUGAAAAAUUCCAAAUUUAGUUUCCAAAUUCCUAAAGAAUUUCAAACAUUCUUAGUUGAGAUUCCACUGCCUAAUGAAAAAUAGGUGUGAGAAUUAGCAGAUUCAUGUGAUUUUCAAUUGUUUAGCAUGGAAUUGGCUGUUUUGUGAGUUGCUCGAGCUGCUGCCGCCAGUAGUUCAAAUUAAGAUUAAAAUUGGUUCAAAUUAUGAUUAUGAUGGUUCAAAUUAAGAUUAAAAUCAUUGUUGAUGAAAAAUCGAAUAUUAAAUAUAUUAAAUAUAUUAAAUAUUGAAUAUAUUAAAUAUUGAAAUUAUAAUUAAUAUAUUAAAUAUUGAAAUUUUCAAUGAAAAUCGGUGCAAAUACAAACUUUUUACCAUUUAACAGAAAGCUUAUACCCGUGGCUUCCAUGUGCAUUCGAUUUUGCCGUAGUAAAUUAUUUCCAUGUGGGAGAAAAAAUCACUUAAAAUUUGCACUGCUUCAGAAAGCCGCAAUUUGGUUCAAAUUUUGAUUACCUACCCUAAUAGCUUUGCUGAUGUUUGUCAUCAAAACCUUGUCAAGCUUAGUAAUUGAGUAAUGUGCUCUUUUAUUCGAAAGACGAUUUCGAUAUAGCAGACUUCCAAAACCGGAUAUAAUCGGCUUCGUGGUGGCUGUGGUUGUGCUAUUGAAAUGAAUUAUGUGAAACUCCGCUUCCGCUGUGGUGCUACGCAUUUGAGCAAAACGGUUUUUAAGAGUACCGGUGGAGCGUAAGUGGCGACAGUGAACUGCUGUGGCAAGGUGCAGUGCAGUAUAGUUUCAAUAUUUCUGGGAACUUUAAAGUGAGUGGAUGGAGGGAUGGGAAAUAGGGAUCAGUUGUGAAAAGGAGAUGCAAUACUGGUUCCGGUAUUGGAAGAGCGAGAGCGAAUUAAUGAAGCUUUCGUUGUGUUGUGAGUUAGUUGAUGAGAAGUGGUGAUACCGGAUGUUUUACUGCAAGUGGGAGCGAAAAAGAUGAACGAUGUGUUUAUUGGAAAACUAUUGCAGGAAAAAAGAAUUAGGGUCUCGUAAGAAGAAAUUUUUUUUUUUUUUUUUUCAUAGUGAUUACGGCGGUAGCACACUGUGCUUAUGUUCUUACACCGCACCCUUUCCCUACGUUUGCUUCUAUGAGCCUCUAUUUUUGUUUCAACACACAGAAGUACGUAGGCAUAUCGUGGCCCAAGUCGACACUGUUUUGGCCUGCGUUGAACAAAAAUAGUUUUAAUAAAAGUUUCCCCUUUUUUCUUUUUGUCAAUUGUUUUUUUUUUGUAGUAUGGUCCAUGUAUUUAGUUAGGUUCUUGUCAAUUUGUCAGUUAUUCGAAGUAGAUCUCCAAUAUGUAGUCAAUAAGUCAAUUAAGUCAUUCUGAUCUGUUCUAUCAUAGCAGCUUUAGUCUUUGCUUUAUUGAAGUGUAGUUUUAUUGGAAAUAUGCUGAAUAUCGUUAUUAAAAAGAGACGUCUGGAACUGUGUCCUGCUAGUUGUUCCGUCAUGCACUAAUAAUGCCUAGGAGAUUAACGAAAACACGUGUGUUCGGUCAGCUGUCCAUUGCGUAGAAAGUCAAGGAAAAUAGGUUUCUUUAUUGUCCGUUGUUAUGUAAGCCUCGCUUGAAGCACUUCCCGUGAGAACCCUGUCAUCUGUACACCAACUAAUCCGUAUCUUCGUACACAGCUAAAUAUUAUACUGUCAACCGGCGAGAAGCCUAUGGAUAAAUAUUUAAAAAAAUGAAUAAUAAUGCUGUCUAGCGCGUUGUUUUCUAUCAGCCACUAUUUUAGUCUAGUUCCCAACUGCAAGCUUUUUUCGAAUCUUAUCGUCAAUUGUCUUCUAGAUUCCCCACGGAAUUGAUGAGUAGUGAGUUCAAUGCAGAGAUCCCCCCCCCCUCACACUCCCAAAUUGUGGUAGGCCCCCGCUAAACCUGCAAACCAGACCCACCCCCAGCCAAAAGCUCUAGCAGAUGUGGACAAACCGGUGCUCAACGUGCUCUCCCAUCGUGGCAACAUCAAAUAUGUGGACUGUACAACAAUAGUAGUUUUAAUGAAAUGAAUACUAAGAAUUUAGGCCGACACUCGAAGUGACGAACUUUACAGUGCUAGUUGAGUAAAUACACGAAGGAUGGGUAACUACAAAUGUGCACAAACAGAUGCAUAACAAUAUGCAUGUAAAAAAAGGCCGCAACUAUCCAUGGUAAAUUUAAAAUAAUGACAGCGUAAAUAUAAUGGAACAGACUCACCGAAUUGAGCUCCAAAAUGCCCCCUAGACGAUGAUAUUGUUCACUUUUUGUAGCCACGCGUUGUAGAAAAUGAACCUGAAAUGACAAGAAGACAGUGGGCCGCCAAACUCCAUAAAAUGGCGGCCCGGAAAUUUUAGUAUUCUGUUUAUAGCAUUGUUGAGCAUCAUAGAGAGCAUAAUUUAUAUUCAGUUUUAAAUAUAGUUUCUUGUUACUAUGCUAAGAAAUAGAGAGAUUCAAAAGUUUUUUUUUCUACCUGCACCAGUGAACUUCUUGAGUGAACAGCAUUCAACAUCUAAAAUUUAGAUUCUAAAUUGUUCAUUCACUAAUGCGAUUUUCUUAUCACCCUGCCCUGUCUUAAUUAGAAGAUAUAAGUAAUGCAGAGACAUCCCACAUGCACUCUUGCAUUACAUAAUAAGGUUGGACCCUGCUGCAAAUGUCGUUAUGCUAUCCACUCCUGAGUUUAUAGUUGCUAUAAAAAUAAUUUCGAAGAAGUGAAAAAGAAUAGUACGAAUCAACUUGUUAAUAAAAUGCUGCUACUAUUACUAUUACUACUACUCUUACUACUACUACUAACUACUACUACUAAUACUACUAUCAAAAGUGCAAUGAGUGAUCGUUGGCUUCCCAGUCUUGUUAGUAGUUAGAGGGUUAGUAUAGACUGGUAAUAAGCCCUGUCGGUCCCCCCAGCACUGCGCGUAAUCAACUGUUGUUAGAUCAUGCGACAGCGAUUAAGCGUAUGCUGGAGGCAUGACAAAUCAAGCGUUUAAAUUAAAGUCAAUAAAGCAAUGGUAUGAUUAUUCAGA